AUGGAGAUUGAUCUAUUAAAUCCUAAUCCACAAGUUGAAGCUCAAAAACAUAAGCUCAAACGUCUAAUCCAAAGUCCGAAUAGUUUCUUUAUGGAUGUUCGCUGUCCUGGGUGUUUACAGAUUACAACCGUGUUUAGUCAUGCUCAAAGUGUCGUCUUUUGUGGUAAUUGUUCAGCUCCUUUAUGCCAACCAACAGGAGGCAGGUGUAAAUUGACAGAUGGAUGUUCUUUCCGUCGUAAGAAUGACUAG